AUGACCAGUAUCACGAACAGCGCCACAGCUUUCAAGGCCCACGAUCAGCGAUUCUCGGCAAUCGUGGGUACAUCUCCGACCAUAGAGCUAUUGGCAGAGAGCAAGUUGUAUCCCUUCGCCCACGAAGCCGGGGUCUUCUUCCCAGACUCCAACAACCUCUUCAUUACCAGCAACCGAUGCAUUGCACCGGACGGACAACAGAAAGUACACAUCGUACGGGUCGAUCUGAACAAGACACCGCCAACGUGUGAUGAAAUCGAUACAAAUAUCCCAAUGGGGAAUGGAGGCAUCAAUUAUGGCAAAAAUCACGUUCUCUUCUGUGCGCAGGGGUCCAUGACCGAACCAAGUGGAUUAUACCGAAUGUCAACAACUGCACCAUACAAAUCAGAGAUGUUGAAACCCGAUUUCCAUGGCCAGCCAUUCAAUUCCGUCAAUGACGUGGUUAUACAUUCAGAUGGAUCAAUUUGGUUCACCGAUCCCAUCUACGGCUUCGAGCAGGGUUAUCGUCCACCGCCCAGUCUACCUAACCAAGUAUACCGGUGGUGUCCAGACAGCGGGUCUAUUCGUGCAAUAGCUGAUGGGUUCGGGAGACCAAAUGGCAUAUGCUUCUCCCCCGAUGAGCAGGUUGUGUAUAUUACGGAUACGGACCGGGUUCAUGGGGACGGUACUAUUGAUGGUCAGCGAGUUGCGUCCACCUACGCCUUUGACGUUUGCAAAAUUCAUGGGGAGCCAUUCCUGACAAAUCGACGGUUGUUCGCUAUGGCGGACAACGGGAUCCCAGAUGGAAUCAAGUGCGACCUGAAGGGAAAUGUUUACAGCGGUUGCGGUGAUGGAAUCAAUGUUUGGUCUCCAGGGGGCGAGCUUUUGGGUCGGAUUCUAAUCCGUGGAGGUGUGGCUAAUUUUUGCUUUGGGAGAAACGGAGAAGUCUUUGCCCUUAAUGAAUAUCGAUUAUGGCGCAUUCAGUUGGGGGAAGAUGUAAAAGGGGCAUUGCUUGGAGUAUGA